CCUCUCCCUCCCCUGUGUCACACUCACACCGCAUUCAUCCUCAGCUGACACUCUGACAGAGCUGCUAUGGGACCGAGCUGACUUCACCGAAUGGACCUGGGAUAGACUCACACACAAACAAACACACACCGACACUGUGGAAACUUAACACACAAACAAAUUUUUCUUGACCAUGACGGAUAUUGCGGCCGAGGAAGACAAGGACCCUGAUAUUGAACUAUUUGUCAAGGCUGGAAGCGAUGGGGAGAGCAUCGGAAACUGUCCCUUCUCCCAGAGGCUCUUCAUGAUCCUGUGGCUGAAAGGAGUCGUCUUCAAUGUCACCACUGUUGACCUAAAGAGGAAACCAGCCGAUCUGUACAACUUGGCUCCAGGGACACACCCGCCCUUCCUCAGCUUCCAGGGAGAGAUUCUCACCGACGUCAACAAAAUAGAGGAGUACCUGGAGGCUGAGCUUUCGCCACCAAAGUAUCCCACACUCGCUGCCAAGAAUCGUCAAUCCAACACAGCAGGAAACGACAUCUUCGCCAAGUUCUCAGCUUAUGUCAAGAACACGAGACCAGAUAAACAUGAAGCGUUGGAGAGGACUCUAAACAAGUCCCUGGCUCAGCUGGAUGCGUAUCUGUUGAAUCCGCUGCCGACGGAUGUUCAGUCGGGACGCCACAGCGGUGAUGGAGAGUCUAACCGCAAGUUCCUGGAUGGAGAUGAACUGUCGCUGGCCGAUUGCAACCUUCUGCCCAAACUUCAUGUCUUCAAGGUGGUUGCAAAGAAGUACAGAAACUACGACAUCCCGUCUGAAUUCAGAGGGCUGUGGCGCUACCUUGGCAACGCCUACGACCGAGACGAAUUCACCAACACCUGCCCGGCCGAUGCGGAAAUCGAACUAGCCUACAAGGACGUAGCCAAGAGGCUGGGGAAAUAAAUGCACCUCAACCACAAGCACUAAAGUAGUCUGUAAAAAAAUCUAAAGAAUCACACUCUUAACACUAAUGUAGAAAAUAUUACUAAAUGCAGCACAGCAGUUGCACGGUGCUAAAACUAAGUCAUCACUUUUUUAAAGGUACUGUGCAGCAAAAAGUUUGAUGCCUUGAAAAAAUUUUAGGGUUGUGAUGAUUAUGUCUGUGUGAUUUAAAAAAAAACAAAAAACGUUAGGUGACUUUUAUUUAUUAAGGAAAAAUGUGAAUAGUUUGAAACACAAAACACAGAAAACUGAAUAAUUACGAAUGAACUGAACAAUUAAGAAUUAAACAGAGAAACAAUAAUCUAUUUGUGAAGAAAUUAAAAUGGAUAGUAAACGUUUCGAACACUUUUUCAUAUAAUUCAUACUGAUGGCGGGAAUUAAACAAAGAACUGCAAAGCACCACGCUACCAGAGGAUGUUCAUUUUUGGAGCUUUUCAAAACCAAAAAAAAGUGCAAAGAAUAAAUUAAACAUUGUUAUUAUGUCUUUGCUUCAACUUGUGCGGCAAACGUUAGCAUGUGUUGCUAGUUAGCUUAAUCAAGUGUUGCUACCAAAGCCAAGAAGCAUAGCAUUAGCUAACCUUUAGCUUUUGCCAGAAAAUUCUGCAUUAGUUGCUGUCUCUUUGCGUAAUAUCAUGGCUGUAGCUCUGAAGUGCUCAUUUAAGAUGUCUCUAUUGAUUCUUGUUAAAAAAGAAAUGAUAUGGAAACAAACUAAAAGCAUUUUCGAGCAGUUUAUGAAGCUAAUAUUAGCUUUCUCGGCUAACUUGCUACAGCUAAGCUGGAAUUUUACUUGGUAAAACUGACAGCAGCAGGACAAAUAGACUCGUUUUGCAUGUCUAUCUGUAAUUAAAACCCCUUUUUCUUUUGGAAGAAAAAGAUUUUGGGUACAUUUAGGAAGAUGGGUGUGAGCAAACAGAAGUGUCAAAGUUGAAGGAAAGAAUGAAGUUUUGCUAAUAAAGCCAGUGCUAUAGGUAUACUUUCCCAAGCUCUGUUGAAGUAUUAUCCGCUCACUAAACAAUUCAUUGUCAUAAAUUUAUUUUACAGGAAUAUUGAGAUGCGUAGAACAGGGUUUGAUUGCCUGUCGCCUUUUCCUUCCGUGGAUUUAUGUAUGAUUUGCAUUUAAGUAUCCACAUUGCAGGGUGUUAUUGGAAAACACUGCUGCGCAUGUGUUUCAGCCAAAGUCUUUAACUGGUGCAGUGUCAGCUUUGUAGGCUUUAGAGAUGUGGUGUCUCUUUUUCCUAAUGCAGCAAUGAACAUUUUAUUUGACUAGUUUAAUUUUGUGUUUCAGACACAUCUCCUUUGAAGGUUACAAAUCUCCUCCUGUGUUUUUAUAGCCACACACCACAGUUUACAGUCCACACUUACACUGACAGUCCUUAUCUAUAAAGGCCUAUCGUUGCAUUUCAGAUUAAAAGCAUGUCGUCAUUCUGUUAAAUUAACAAAGAAAUUAAAAAAAAAAAAAAAAGUCUUCAUGGAAUCACGAAAAAGACAAUGUAGCCAUCCAGUUGUGUUCUUAUGCGAUUUAAUGCACAUUGAUGGUAGUGAAUGUCAUUUUAAUUAUGAGUGCCUUAGUGGGAAUCAAGCUCACCUCUGCCCUCAGCUCUUUGUGUCUGUACAGUAAAUUAUGUUUGAAUAUAAUAAGAAUGUGAAUUUUCCAAAGGCUUUUUCCAUCUCUGCGGAGCGGUGUGAGAUUACUAUGUCUGUAAAUGAUCAGCAGCUUUAUUCAUAAUCUUUCUGAUGAUUAGAACCUUGAAGCCACUGUGUAUACUAUGUCGCUUAUUUGAAUAAUAAAUCUAUUUUCUCAGAGACCGA